CGUUGCCAAACAUGCCCUAAAUAAAAGAAGCUUCUAGAGGGUUCUAGCAAAGAUGAGAUACAUCCCAAUCUCCAUUAACGUUUCCGAUACUGUAAACUUUCAAUUCUUCUUCGAACUCUUCAACGUUCAACAGUGAUCCAAGUGUCAUUACCUACAAUAAAACCCGGAUUCAUUACACCAUGAUUGCUUGUUCUCCCAUUAAAACCUGCGUAAAGCACAUGAUCGGUCCAAGCAGGCCCCACCAAAAGCUGAUACCUCAAUCUUUACCAUAUGCAUAUCUCUCCCUUGGUUUUGCCAAACCAAAUUACGCUACAAAAAUAACCACCGGUCAGUCAUUGACCAUCAAAAGUGGUAUGCAUUUAGUUGGGCUCCACAAUAUGAAUAUGAGGUCUUUAAUCCCCAAACAAAGGAUUAUUUCAAGAAAGAAAUGGAGUUUGGUAUCCGGAUCAUGGAUGCAAGGAUGUACCUCGGCGGGUCUUGUUAUCGGAUUAUUUGUUUGUAACUCAAGUACUGAAGUUGAACCUGUACACGCUGAAGUCAAAGAGAAUAAUAAACAAUCACAUGGAAAGCAAGUUUACAUUGACUAUUCAGUUAUAGGGAUACCUGGGGAUGGAAGAUGUUUGUUUCGUGCUGUUGCUCAUGGAGCUUGUGUAAGAUCGGGGAAACCUGCUCCUAAUGAGAGUCUCCAAAGAGAGUUAGCUGAUGAAUUACGUGCUAGAGUAGCGGAUGAAUUUGUUAGAAGACGAAAAGAGACAGAAUGGUUUAUUGAAGGUGACUUCGAUUCAUAUGUGUCAAAAAUAAGGAAGACACAUGUAUGGGGAGGUGAACCUGAAUUGCUCAUGGCUUCUCAUGUUCUCAAGAUGCCAAUAUCUGUUUACAUGAAUGAUGAAGGUUCAGGUGGCCUUAUAUGUAUUGCUGAAUACGGUCAUGAAUACGGGAAAGAAAAUCCUAUUAACGUCUUGUAUGACGGGUUUGGUCACUACGAUGCUCUACAUGUUCCUAAUAAAAACGGUUCCCGGUCUAGACUAUAGAAAUUAAACUGCAAGUUUUGUUAUUACUAAAUUGUUGUAUUAACCUUUACAGAAAAUAAAUGAAAAAUAAAAUAGCAGGUUACGACUGAUCUAUUUUGCCC